AUGUCUAUUGACAAGAAAGAGGCUAGAGAGGGUUCCGAGGACUCGGGCAUGGAAAUCAACUCUCCCACGCCAGAACCUGAGACUGGAGCUCCUCAAGAAAAUCCAACGAAGAGAAAGGGUGGACGCAAGCCUAUAUAUGCUACUUCCGAGGAACGCAAGCAACGUAAUCGUCAGGCGCAAGCCGCGUUCAGAGAACGUCGUACGGAGUAUAUAAAACAGCUAGAAGAAACCAUCCGAGUUCAUGAGACCAACUUGCAUAAUCUUCAGACUGCUCACAGAAGCGCUGCGGAUGAAUGUCUUAUGCUGAGAUACAAGAACUCCCUCUUAGAGCGCAUCCUUCUAGAGAAAGGUAUCGACGUCCAAGCAGAGCUGCGAGCAAAGACUGGAAGUCCUCACCUAGGACCAACCCAUAUGCCUCAGAAUAUGGCGCAACCGACUGUACAACGGGCUAUUAUGAACAGACAUCAUCAAGCAAGGCGCUCCAACUCCAGCAUCGCGCCAAAGUUGGAACCAGGUGCUCCUCUUCAGUCUCCACAAUCUCGGCCGACACCAUCUUCGCACGCUUCAUCGCCGACGUCUAACUCUCCAGGUUUUCACAACCAAGGUGUGAUGACACCACCGGCAUCCGAUGCCAUGCAGUUUCAACAACAGCAGCAACGCCUUCAACCCGCCAAACCACAAUCGAUGCACGGUCUGCAACCGAAUCCGGGAAUGAUGGGAAAUCCAGGGGGCGUUGUGAAUCCCUUGGGGCAGAAAGUACAGGGAAAUAGCGGGACUGUUGAACAGGAGUACGAUGCACAAGCCGACAUGGUCGAAGACCAAGAUGCAACCGACUCUGGGCCAGGCCCAUACCCCGAACCGAUCCCUCAGACACAACACCAACUCAAUCCUCAACAAAUGCCCAACCCACAGCAGCAGCAACAGCAAUCUCAGCAACAACAACAGCUUGGUCAAGGCCAGAAUCAGAAUAUGCCGAUGGGAGAGAAUCCUCAGGGAUACAAUUCGAUGACGCAACUUCUCGACCCAUACGACCCAAUGCUCGACAUGGAUCCAUUUGGACUUUCAGCUUCGAUGCAAUUCCCGUCUUCCUUUUCGUUUGAUACCAGUUCGAUGAGAUGA